CCCCGCGGGAGGGACGGCGGCGGCCAUCGGCGGCCAUUGGCUGGGCUCGAGCCGCCGCAGCGCCCCGCACGGGGUCGCCGCCUCCUCCUCCUCCCCCUCCUCCUCCUCCCGGUGCGGAGAAUGGAGGCGCCGCCGCAGCGGGGUUUCUCCGAGGAGCAGUUUCGGGCCGCCUGCAGAGAGCUCGGCCAGACGGCGCCGGGGCCGCCCUGGCAGCUCCUGGUGGAGAGCAUGGGCGUCAGCAUCUACCGGCUGUACGACGAGCAAUCAGGACUUUAUGAGUAUAAAAUCUUUGGUGGUCUUGCUGACUGUCCCCCAAAACUCUGUGCAGAUGUCUAUAUGGAUUUAGAGUUCAGAAAACAGUGGGAUCAGUAUGUUAAAGAACUGUAUGAGCAAACGUAUGAUGGUGAAAAGAUAAUCUACUGGGAAGUGAAGUACCCUUUUCCUCUCUCGAACAGAGAUUAUGUCUAUAUUCGUGAAUGUCAAGAGAUGGAUGUUGAUGGGCGGAAGAUCUGGGUUGUGUUAGCUCAAAGUGUGUCUGUUCCUCAGUGCCCUGAAAAGCCUGGGAUUAUCAGAGUUAAAAGUUAUAAACAAAGUCUAGCAAUUGAAAGUGAUGGCAAGACUGGAUCUAAAGUCUAUAUGUAUUACUUUGAUAAUCCUGGUGGCAUGAUUCCCUCAUGGCUGGUCAACUGGGCUGCCAAGAGUGGUGUGCCUGCUUUCUUGAAGGAUAUACAAAAAGCUUGUUGUAACUAUUCUAAAAGAACAUAGUUCACAUUUGAUCUGAAUUAUUUAAUUCCCAAAGUUCUGCACUUACAGAAUGGCUAUUACGUAACACACUGGAUAAAAUCUACCUCUAAUAUUGGAAAGAAUUUUUGUUGUUGGUUUAUGCCUUGAAUCUUAUUAGACCUUUGUUCCUUCUGCAACAGAAGUUAGUUGCCGACAUGGUAAUACCAUCAUCAGCUGCCUCUUUUUCAUAGCACUUAUAUUCUGUCAUGUCACCCAUGCUCUGUUUGUGCUGACUGUCAUAGGCCAGCUAGAGUUUAUUGAUUAAAGCAUCACAUCUUUGGGCAAGAGAUAAUAGCUUUUACUAGGCAAAAAUGUCUGAAUUUAUGCUGAAAAUUCUCUACAUGUGUUAAGUCUGGGUCUCUCUUUGUGGCCUUGCAGGGUGACUUCUUAUUGAAACUGAAUAAUACAACUUGCAUUGCUUAGGAGGAAAUGCUUCUGCUACCUGAAUUUAUCAUACUUAAAAUGAUAAUCUCUACUAAAAAAUAAAAAUAAAAAUUAGCAUAUAAAGGUAAAUUACCUGGCGCCCACAGUAGGGACUGGAACACUUACUAAGCUUCCUUGUGAUGGCUUUAAGUUCAGAUAUAAAAGGAUGUGUAUGUAAAGCCUUGCAUUCACUUCUCAGGAUGCCUAUAUGGAAAGCAUAAAGCAUUUGCUGUGUCUAGCUAGCAAAAAAAGAAGUUUGCUUCCAUGGUUAAUUUAAUGGAAGCAGCUCGGACACCAGCUCUACACUGGAAAUAAUUUCAAACUGGAUACUUGUAACUGCUUUAGAGAUGCUUGUUUCCUUGUUUGUGAAUUAACUUGAUAUGAAAGUCUUGGUGGUUUUACAUUUUUAAUGCUGAUGUAAAGAAUGAACUUGUUCAUUUUGGAUGGCAAUCCACUAGAAGCACAACCAAGCAGGAAAUUACAUUUGCAGCACUUUUGCAGGGGAAGGACAGAGUUCAGCAAAGUUGAGAGAUAAUCUCAGGGAUUGAAAAUAUUUUGCAUCUUUACUAAAUCUAAUCUUAUUGCUGAACAAAUCUUGUGAUGGAGUAAGUUUAUAUUGUUAAAGAAGAAAUGGUUGAAGUUGUUGCCUUUAUACUUUGUGUGUUUCCAAUAAAUCAUUACUGUAUCUGUACUGUUUUUUCUUUUUUUCUCUUUUCAGUUUCUCCUGUUUAAGACUGGCUGUGCUGGGCAGGUCACAAUGACAGGCUGAUGUCCUGUGCUGUUUUAUUUCUAAAGACUUCUGAAGAAUAAGUUGGAUUCAUGAGAAUUAAGUGGGAUUCCAUGUGUUCUGACAGCAAACUUCUUAGCAGUUCAGGUUUCUUUUUAAGAGUCUGACUUGGAGACUGGUACUGAAUUGGACAUUACAGUACAAGACCACUCUCAGUCUACUCUGAAUUCAGCUGUCACAACCUUUUUAUUUUUUUCCAGCAGAUAAAGAACAGACACCAAGGGAGGAUAGUAAUGAAACAUCAUUCUCCUUAACUUUCCAUUGUUUUCAUACCCAUACACUUACUGGAGCUCCAGAAAUGAAUUAUUUGUCAAAAUACAGUGUUUUACUUGAGCAUUAUCAAUUGUCAAAUUUCCUUUUCUGGCAGCGUUACCAAAAAUUAUCUUGAACUUCAGAAGGCAUUUUUAACAGUCUUAAAUAUGUAGGAAUUCAAAGCAGUAACAGCAGUACCAGAGUUGCUUUUGAACAGGAUUGGGAUAUAUCUGAAGCAAAGCAGGAGCUGGGUUGGUUGUUCAAGAAGACUGAAAAGCAAAACAAACUGUUGUGAACUUGAAGAUACCUUGAAAUGUAGAGUUCCAACGUUUGCAGAGAAUACGUGCCUAGCGAGCUGAGUAACUGCACAGAGAUGAAUCAUAUACAGAUGAGCCAAUUUUCUUCAUUUUCUCCAACUAUUCCAUACUUUGUUUCUUCUUUAAUAGAAGAGGAAGUGUUUUGUAUUUAUAAAUACCUGAUUGCUUCCUUGUCAUUGUUACAGCUACUUAUCAGCAAGAUAUACAUGCAUUUGUCUGCAUUGGGCUGCAACAUUAAGACCAAGCAUUCAUGGGGCUGAAUGGUUCCAUUGUCAGUCUUGCUGAAAACUUCAUUUCCUACAGACCUCACACUGAGACUGUAGAAUACAUGGCAUUUGCUCACGUACCCUUAUUAGAAGCCAUUGCACAGGCAGUUUCUUGUGCUGUACACAACUUUCCAGAUUAAAAUUCAUAUUCAAUUAAACUGUAGCUACUGGAAA